AAAAGAUGCCAAUAAAUAUCUAAAGAUAAGAGAAAAAUAUUGUGUCGAGUAUUAUUGUCACGUAUUUAAAAAAAAUGUAGACUUUGUAAAAUUCGCUCUUACUUUUAGUUUUAAAAUAAUGAAAUCAUUACAAAAAAUAAGUUUUUCUCGACUUCUGUGUAUUUUCACAUUAUUUUUAAUUGGUGACGUAAACGGAAAGGAUGAUAUUCAGGAGGAAGGAAAGAUUCUUUACGAUUUAAAAAAUAUAACCGGCGACUAUGCUUACAAUAUAUCGACAAAAAAUGUUAUUUUUGCUGAAAAUUUUUAUUCAAACAUUAUGAAUGGUACUUUUGGUGAAUUUACAAUAAUUAACAAACUCUUCGAGUCCCUUAUUUAUAAACUUUCAAUGUCGAUUAUGGUGAAUAAUUAUUAUAAAAGUACAUUCGAAGCAACUACACUUAACGAAGCUGAAUAUUUUUCAGAAAGUGCAAAAGAUAUUUAUCUUGAGUACAAAGAAAAAGAAAUAAUAAAACCAUCAUAUAUUCUCAUAAAUAACGAAAAUUAUUUAGAAGAAAAUAAAAAAGUGAAAUUUUUUCAUUUUGUCAAAAAUUGUUUUUUAAAAAUAAAUUCCAUCACGUAUGAAAUAAAAAAAUACGUCCAAAAUUUCAAUGAAAUUGAAGCAAAUAAUUUUGACAUUGAAAAUAUUUCGAUGUCAAUGACAUCAAAAUUAAUGAAUGAAUUGUACAUUCAUCUAAUGACUGUUCGAGAUAAAAAAUUAAAUAUCAAUGAAGAGGAUUUAAAAAUUGUUGAAUUUAUUGAAAGAAUUUUGCAGCACUUGGAAAAUACUUUGAAGCAAAAAAGAAAAUUUAAAACUGAAAAUAUAGAGAGUAUAGAUUCUUCUGGGAGUAAUGAAAAUUUCUCGAGUUUGAGAAAUUACGUAAAACCUGUUGUUGAAGAGGAGGAAAUAAUGAAAAGUCCAAUAAAAAAUAUCAUUGAAAUUAGUAAAAUUUAUAAAGAAACUUGUCGAAUAGUUUAUAAUUUAGUGACACAAUUAAGGAAUUCAGUGAAAUUUUCAAAAAAUCAAGACAAUUACUUAAAUAUAUCUGCAGCAAGCCUAGAAAUUUUUUUUACUUCAACAAAAAAUUUUGUUCAAAUUUUAAAAAAUUCUACCACAAAAAGCAUCAAUGAUGACUAUCAGAAAAAUAUUGAAACCGGAUUUCUUAAAAUUGUCAAUACUUAUAAUGAUUAUAUGGAGAAUUUUAUUAGUUAUGACAACGAAGUAACGCUAACCAGUAAAAGGACUAAUGUUAUGAAAAUUUUACACAAUUUAUCGGCACUUUUGAAAAAAUUUAGUGAAAUUACGGAUAAAAUCAUUAAUACAUUCAGAACAUUAAAGGAAUCGCAUUACACAUUUUCCAUAGAAAGUACAAAGAGAUUUGCAAUUUUUAUUUAUAAUUCGACAAACGAAUUAUUCAAUAUCAUCGAAAGGAAUAAAGAAACAGACUUUGAAAUUUUUUAUGAAAUGCAAAAUCUACAGAAGAUUGUAAAUAAAUUUACAGAAACGGAGAAUCGGAGAAGAGAACUGUAUGAAAGUAGAAUUCCAAUUGGUCAAUAUACUUUAAAUAUUAUCAACUAUGCGGCUUAUUUAAUGGAAAAAUUCUACUCAAACAUUAAAUGCACUUCAAACAAUUCAGAAUUAAGAAAAUUAUUUCAUUCAAUUCUUUUAGAAAUGAAAAAUUCAAUAAUAGUGAUUAACAACUAUAAAUUAAUUCUAUCAACUGACAAUGAACGACAAGCAAAAUAUAUUGCAAAGGAGACAAAAAAUUUUGUCCAAAUGACUAUUGAAAAUGAACAAUUUGAAUCGUGUCAUAAUAAUGCUUUGAAUUUGAAUAAUAAUUUGAAUUAUACUUCAAAAAAUUUCAUUCAAAUUCAAUUCUUCCAUGAUGUGGUGAAUUUUUUCUCAACUGCUAAAAUUAUUAUCGAAAAAACGAAGAAUAAUGUGGAGAAUUAUUUGGGAUUGACUGAAGAUAUUCUUCAUUAUGAAAGUUUAUGUUUGUCAAUUGUCUCUUUUGUAUUAAGUGAAUUCCGUACAUUUCUGGAAACAAUUGAAGCAAUUGAAACAAUUGACCUUAACGAAUUUGAUAUUUCUGAAAAUAAUAUCAAAGUAGUUAAAUUCAUGAAUGAUGUUUUGCAACUAAAUCAAAAAUGACUUAUUUUAAGAACACAAUCCACAAAGAAAUAGAAAUUUUGGAUUUAAUUAAAAUAUGUAAGAUCAAAAAAAAAAUAAAUAGAACUUUUUUUCA